GUUUUUUGUGGACAAAAUUCCAAUUAGGAUAUUCAAAAACAAUUCAAAUAUUGGAGUUGGCUAUCCACAACAACCAAUGCAACUACUAGCCACAAUAUGGGAUGGUGAUGAUUGGGCAACAAAUGGAGGAUAUACAAAAAUCAAUUGGUCAUUUGCACCUUUCAAAGCUAAUUUCAAAGAUUUUAAAAUUGGUGGAUGUCCAAUAAUUAAUUCAAAUGAUAAUCAUAAUUGUAAUUCACAAGAUUAUUGGUGGAAUAAAAGAAAAUAUUGGGAGUUGAGCUUUAAACAAAGAAGAUUAUAUAAAGAAUAUAGAGCUAAGUAUAUAACUUAUGAUUAUUGUGAUGAUAUACCUAGAUAUUCUAUUCCACCUCAAGAAUGUUCCAUAAAUAUGAUCAAAAAAAAAAUGUAGAAAAUGGUAUCUUUGUGUAACAGAAUAAUAU